GCCAUUAGUGUGUUUUGAAUGCAUUUGUGAAUUGAUUUCACUUUCUUUGUCUGAAAGACAAACCAUUCACUGAUAGCUUGUUAUCAUCAAAACCACCACCACUUUGACCACCACUUUGACCAUCACUUGUGUCCACCAAUCAAUUGAUUCAAUUCGUGCACAAAAUGAGUGAUCGAGAGUAUUCAUUGAUCUCUUUGUGUCUCAGGAAUCGGCUGAACGUCAGGAGAAUGGUUCGCAUCGCUCUCAUGAGUCCAAUCGGAGUCCUUCGGGUCGCGGCUCUAAGUCUCCCCGACGCUCGCGAACCCACUCGCGGUCUCCCCGUCCGACCGCCCGCUCCCGUUCCCCACGCAAGAGAUCCCACUCCCGAUCCAGGAGUCGAUCACAUUCUCAUCGAUAUAGUCGCCACCGAAGAGAUCACUCGAAGUCACGCUCAAGAAGUCCGCGAUCGCGGAGAGGAGGUCGUGAUAAAGACAGUUAUGAACGGAAGUCCCGUUACGACAGUAGCGGCAGUCAUCACGAGUCACGCUCCAGACAUAGAGACCACUCCAGGUCUCCAAUGUCUUCGCGGAGACGACACAUUGGGAACCGAGAGAACCCACCGACUGGAAAGGGAUCUGAAGGAUGUGUUCACUAAAUACGGGCCCUUAGAAGACGUGCAGAUUGUUUACGACGCACAGAGCGGCCGCUCCAGAGGUUUCGCGUUUAUCUACUAUGAAGACAAAAACGACGCGGCGAUG